AAAGCGUGGCGUCGGCGUGGUAUAUUAGGGAGACUCUUCGGGUUCUGUUGGUACACUCUUAAAGACUAAGCGUAACCAUGAAGACAGCAUUGGUGACUCUUCUGUUGGUUGCUUUGGCCGCGGCAGAGCAGAAGAGGUCGGCUGAUCCAAGCUAUGGCUACGGCUUAGGCUAUCCCUUGGGUCUCAGGGGCUACGGCUUAGGCUAUCCCUUGGGUGUCAGGAGCUACGGCUUGGGCUACGCAAGGCCUCUGGUCUCCCACCACGUCUGGAAGCGCUCAGCGGACCCCGGCCCCGAGGCCAAGCCACAGCCGGAAGCCGAAGCCAAGCCUGACCCCGAAGCCGACCCAUCGCAUGGCUAUGGGCUCUACGGAGGGUAUGGCCUCGGUGGCCUCGGCUUAGGCUACAGGGGCUACGGGGGCUACGGGGGUUACGGGGGCUACGGGGGCUACGGCGGCUACGGCCAUGUCCAUAGCUACCCUACCUACUACAGCUACCCGUCUUAUGGCUAUAGCUAUGGUUAUGGUUAUGGAAAGUAAAGGCUGUUGAUGACAGUGAACCUUAAUGUUUAACACGCAGGAGAAAAAGUGUGAAAAAAACAUGAGGAAGCACACACACAAAUAAACUAAAUAUCACACACACAAAAACCAACGAACAAAUACACACAUAAACAAGGUAACUAACAUACGCACAAACACAUAAACAAACAAACAAACACACACACACACACAAACAAACUGAAAUACACACACGCAUACAUAUAUUUGGUGAAAAUCCAGACACCUACAGAAACAUUUACACUUUACGGAAAGCUGCAUGUUAAAAUAACAGAGAAAAUAAA